UUAGUUGGCUUUCGAAGUUAAAAAAUGAAACUAGUUCUCAUUUGUAUGAGCUUUGGGCUCGUUUUGGUAACAGCUUGGAAUCUGCGCUGUUCCCGAAGGGCUGACUACGGAGAUUGCAAAGGACAUCAGACAAAAUGGACCUACUCGAAGUUUGAAAAUAAGUGCAUUCGAUUUGAUUACUCCGGUUGUGGCGGCAAUAAUAAUCGAUUCAUCUCCAGAUUUGAGUGCGAAUUGAUUUGCUAUGCAAUAAGAUUCACAAAUACGAGGCCUCCUCAGAGCUUAGAAGGGUAUAGAUUUUAAAUGAUAUUUGUGCGAGUUAAAUUAUUCAUUUCAAAUACCUAAU